AUGCAUUGUACAACAAACGAAAUUGUAGAUUUUUGUGUCAUCCAAAGAGGUCAAUUUACAGGUGAACUUGAAAAGCAGGCUUGUCAGCUGCUGCUCGAUAUUCUAGUCAACGAGAUCAAGUUGGAUAUUGGUGAUUUUGUGACAGACAGACAUAAGGGUAUUGGAGCUAUGAUGAAGAACGUGUUCCCCGCAAUAUUUCACGCAUAUGAUGUAUGGCACAUGGGAAAGAACCUCCUCAAAAAGCUGACAGCAUGUGCAAAGAAACACCCUAAAUUACAUGAAGUUGUACAGUUUAAUGAAGUUGAUCAGCACUUGAAGAUGAACUCCCUGCUUAUUACGAGGUAUUUGAAAAGAUUUCCUGCAGCAUGUCAAUACUCUACUUUCAACCGAGGGAUCGAAUUGAAUCCUAAUAGAACCCAUUUAGCCAUAAACGAUAGAUGUCAACUGAGACAUUCUUCGCAUGGUGUCAUUCCACCUCUGCCUGCAUUUGUAUUGGGUGCAAGUGGCCUGAUCCCUUUCUAUGCUCCACCACUUUACAUGAUGUACAAUGAUUGGUUAUUUUGUACUGAUGGAGAGUUCAUGCAUCUUGUUUACUCAGCUUCUAUUCUAUCAUUCCUAGGUGGUGUGAGAUGGGGUUUGACUCUCUCAGCAGGAUCUAAGGAACUUCCAGACUGGAGAAAUCUGACUUACAGUGUUACUCCAUCUUUGUUAGCUUGGACUGGAGUACUUUUGCACUCUCCUCUUGGGUAUAUUCCGAUAACAGCUGGCCUGCUAGGAGCAGGUAUCAUCGAUGUGGCUUGGGCAGGUUACCCUACUUGGUUCAAGAUUCUCCGCACAAUUCUCACUAUUAGUGCUCUCACAAGCAUAGGCUUGUUGUUUCAUGUGAAAUAUAAAAGUGACAAAAAUUUAGGUGUGAACAAAUCCAUACAAGGAUUUAAAGACAAAUAUUAUGACUGGAAAAACGGCAGUGGUCCUUCGAGUUGAUGAAAAUAGAAACUGAUCUGUGAAAAUUGUUUGUUCAUAUUUAUAAUAAAUAAAAUAUAGUACGAAUUUACGUCACCUUAAAACCUCCAUAUUUUGUCGCUAAAAUUCAAUAUUAGAAAAGCUAUAUUUUUAUUUAAUGUACAGUUCACUGAUUUGCUAUAACAGUUUAUAAUUUGUGAUAGAA